AUGCCGAAGCGCAAGUUCGAAGACACGACCCCGGGACAAGCCGGACCCGCUGGUUCAGGAUUGCCCGGAGGUGUGGGACCGAUGGGAACUCCUUACGACACCUUCAACGAACCCGACGAACUCGCCGUUCCGCUAGCGAUUCAGACAUUUCUAUGGCGCCAACUUAGUCCAUUUAUCCGACCGAAAAUAGGUCGAGCUGUUGAUGUAAGCCAAAUGGAACAGAGAGAAGCUUGCAAAUCAUUCGAAAAAGUACUCGUGCAAAAUAUACAAUUCGGGUUAUCACCAAGCCUCACAAGUGCUAUUAAAGCCAUCGGAAGAUGGCGUCUUGUCAAGGCGGCACUCCCUCACGUGUUGCAUUGCUUAGCGGCGCUGCUGCACCUUCGCAAGGAGGCUUGUCUAGAGAAACUCGGAUCGUCCGAAACAAAACUGUUAUAUACGCUACACUGGAUCGUCCUCGACGCGUGUCAAGAAUGCCAAGAGGGUUUGCCACAGUCCCAGACUCAACCCAACGUUUUCCCUAUAACUGUUAUCCAGGUGUUCGUCUACCUGUAUGCCCCUCUGUUGAACUUUCUAAAACACUCCGACUUGCUGGGGUCGUUCCGGCUUGAGAACGGUGUGAAUAUUUGGCCCCCCUUAUGGCAGUACAAGCAUCCGGCCAUCGAAUGUUUCACGGCCCCAGUGCUUCCAAAUCGUAGAUGGGACAAGCGAGUAGGCCAAGCGCAUCUGAGUCGACGAAACCACGGCGACGUUUUCGUCGCCCUUCCGAAAAAGAAAGCCAGCAAAGACACCCCGAAAGAGAAUCGAUCGGAAUCAGUUAACGUAACGAUUGAACCAGAAGCCGCCGAUGGCUUCUUGGGAACUCCGAAAGUCUGCGAUAAAUGUCAGCUCACCAAAAGCUCCGACGAUCCUACCGGACCCUGCUGCAAGUGUCCACGAGAAGAAGUUCUGCAGCAUUGUCCUCUAGAAGAUCCAUUUCUGGCCACGUAUCUCGACGUAUCUGUUCUGCGAUGUUUAUUCAUAUCGCAAUGGAUGGAAGAAGGAGUUCACUGGGCUCUCCAGUUUGUGUACCAUCGUCUCGUGAGCAUCAACGAGGAAUACACCCGCGAGGGUUUCUCGAGACGUCGGAGCUGCUCCCUACCGGUGGCUCCGGACGAACCACUAACGCCCAUGAACGGAUCGCUGGCAAGUGGAACGCAAUGCCAUACAACGAUGCUCUAUCCCUCUCCAAAACGACUACGGAAGUCGCACUCUCCUCACAACCCGUCGACUUCGCACUACGGCUCGAUGCAAGAUCUACGACAGUCAGGGAGUCACGGCGCACAUCGUCUGUCGUCCGACGCGACUGCGCGCCCGGCUCCCAAUCGAAAGAGGCCGAUGGUUUUCAAAAAAGGUUCGGACUUCCGGGCAUUCGUUGAGGAACAUCUCCAUUUGCCAGACCAUGUGAUCCACAAACUUCAACUUAGCUCUCAGACAUACCAGAGAGAAUCUCUACCAGAACAAUUGGAUCUAGCCACAUCGCCGGUUCUCCAUCGGCCGAAGUCGUCUUUGGGACUUCGAACCGAACAAGACUUGGGUUCAAAUCCUUUCGUGGCUUCGUUCCUUCCCAUCACCCGCGGAAAAAGCCUCCCAUCGAUCCACAUAGAUAUUUCGGCCGGUAGUAAAGACGACACCGAUGGAGAAAACGGACUUCGAGAUGAGAGAUUCCGUGACGGGAUGGGUUCGCUGCCUAGAGACCGCCAGAACUCGAGCAUGGAACACCUUCAGAGGCCCAGCGUGGCGCCUCCGACCAUUACGGUCACGGAACAUUCUCCUGUUUCCUCGAUACAAUUUUUCAUCAACCAAGAAAGCGGCGACUCACCUAAAGAGGACGAGGCGCGUGCUUUGGGUGAUGGCCAGCUGUUCUAUCCACCUUGUCGACAGCUCGGCAUCACACGUUCGCAAACCGAUUCGAAUAUUUUCUACUUCCUCGAAGGCUUGGACGAAGCCUCAGGAUCGACGCAUUACAUCACACCCGACGGUCGUAUCGAUCUUCAGGUGGUGCUGAAGGCAGUGCACGCUGUCACGCUGCGUGACACAUCGUGCUCCCUGCGAGUGUGUGAAGUGAUCCUCAACAUUUUGCAGCAGCUCCUUCAUAUGCACGUGUUACCGAAGUUUUCCGGUAAUAAAGGGUGAGUUUUCCUGUCUGUCACUCGUAUAGACAUGUACGAGGCGGAUCCUGACCUGCUCCUUCGCAGAUACGACAACCUUCAAUCGCUGGCCGAAGAGGCACUGUUGUCAUAUAAACAGCAGCACGAGCACCGACAUCGGUCGUCGGCCUCACGGGGCGGAAGCCAACGGGAGAGUGAGCUCAGCGCGCAUCACCUCUUCGCCGACAUCGUGCUCCGUGUCAUCAAACAUCUUGGCUGUCCACACGGAUGCGGGGAGGGACACCGACAAGGGAACGCAGAUGAAGUUCGCGCCCGUGCCCAAGACAUUCUGAUGAAGCUUCAUGACGACAAUGAGAAAGUCUUUGCAAAGUUUGUGAGAGAUAUGACCGUAAAUCGCGGUCUAUCUGAAAUCGUCGACUUAUACCACUCCUUGCUCGGAUUUUGCCAGAACUCGACAUCCUUACUCUCACCAACCACGCAGAUGAAGCGAACCUCCACGUCGACUGCAGCCAGCAGUCAGGAUAGCGCUUCCGCCAGAACAGCCUCUAUCUCCCCUCGGCAGAUUCAAAGCUGUCGAAAUAGCUUCUGUUCGAGUAUAUUCCACCCGAGUCAAGGGUAUGCGAACAAUUUUGGUGCGAAUCCUCGCUCGAUCGAGCACGUCGUCCUGAGCUACACCUUCAAAACUAUGGCAACUCGGCUUGCGAGGAACGCUAAAGAACUCCGAACUCAGGAGAACAUGAGUUUGUACUGCGAUCUUCGGCAGCUCAUCAGUUUUAUACAUGAAAACCACGGGGGAAUUUUCCGUCGCGUCGCGUUAUCCGGACUGCUAGAGAGCUCGGAGCGGCCAAAUCAGCGCUCGAAUAAGAGUUUCAUACCUAGCACUAGAAUAGUGCGACACGCCUCUCGAGUUAUGGACCCACAGGACCACAAGGAGUCAGAAACUUUCGCCGGAGGAAAAAUGGGCGAUAGCACGAUGAUGAUCGUGGAUGAAACCGACAAAUCGGGCCGAAAGAGCUUCUUCAAGAAGAAGUCCACAGUCAAGAAGGUUCCUAGCUCUCAGAGCAUGUUUGACGACGAGCCCUCGCUCUCGGUGGGAGGAUCCAUGGGAAGCGUAACACCGCAACAAUCAUUGAAACUCAUGAAGACGCUGGGACCAAGGCUUAGUGUAGGUCCGGAUGGCGGCGACAAUUUGUCGCUCGGUGCGAAGUCAAAGAGCCCUUCAGGCUCGAAACUUCAACUUCUCAAUUGGUUCAAGGGCGGAUCGGGCAUGACGCCGGUUCCGUCAUCGUCACAGCUUGGGCUAGACACCGACGACGACUUCGACGGGGACACUCUCUCAUACAAAUUCAAGUCCAAAGGCAAGGGCGCAGUUACUAAGAGUUCGUCCGCCGGAUUGCUCAAGGCGAAAAAACGAGUCGAGGAACAGCUUUCGAGGCUGGGCUUCGGUCGUCCCAAGAGCAAGCACGGCGGAUUCGAGGAGGUGGCCGACCUAUCGCGAAGGAACUCCUUUGAUUUAGAAAACCAGGAAAGUCAGGCCGCAGCAAGCUACUUUGUUAAAGAGACGAGACUCGUCAAUAUUCGGACGGUCCGCGACGGCAUGCUUCGUUUCGCAUUUUUGCUAGAGGCCUGCAACCCUGGUACUAUACCUGACCCGCCACUACUCGCCGCAGCUCUAGACCUGAAAGCUCCCGUCGUUUCUCGUGCGGCGUUAUUCCUCGAAUGCGCAUACUUCGUCCGAAGAUGCAACAAAGGCCUGUGGCCGAGUUGGAUGAAGCUGAACCUUCCGUUGUUCCGUGCAAGCGGAGCGAUGACAGGUGGCGCGGGAGGACGCAGUCAACCUGCUGUCCACAGAAUGCAUACUCUUCAGAGAGCAGCGGGCCGGCUAUUCCACGAAUGGGCAGAAGCCGUUGGAGCACGGCUAGAAGAGCUCCUGGCAGCUCAGGAUUUUCCAUUCGAGAGCUGGGAGCAGAUUUCCACCGAUGACGCCCGGAGAAAACAGCUGCGCAUCGAGGAUGAUGAAGAAGAUUUCCUCGACGAAGCGUCCAUCUGCGAUCAGCGUUGUCCAUUCGCGCUGCAGAUGGCGGCAUGUCAACUUUUGCUGGAGAUCACGUCGUUUCUGCGAGAGACGUUCCAGUGUCUCCCGGCCAGGGGAGGGCCCUCACGCCAAUCAACAAGGGGGGAACGCCAUCUAGCCGGCGGACCCUCUUCGAUGGCACCCUCGGCCGGUUUCCAGUCACACAACGCUAACAGGAGAUGGUCUAUGGCUCUGAGUACAUUAGCUGUAAGCCAGACAUCGGCUCACAGCCUAAUUUCGCUUGCGGAGCAAACGCAGGCAGCACAUCCUAUGGCAGGAGUAGGUGAGCGAAGGAUCAGUUUUGUGCUUCACGAAGCCGACGCCGAGUCCGACAACCAGUCCGAUAUGGCGGCCGGGCUUCUAUCGUUCCAACAGCAACAUCUACACCAGCAGGCCGAAUCGGGACUCUCUCAGACCGGUUCAGGCCAAGGUAGACAAUCAAGGCAAAGGGGAAGCCGACCAAGCGGAAGUGGUAUUGCGGGAUCUGUUACCGCGGUUGCGGCCGCGAGCCACCUGCUAAGAAGGGGUCACCACCAGUCGAGUUUGAAGCGUUGUAGCCUCAAACUGAAGAGACAAGAUCGUAAAAAUCGCCCUAGAUCAUCAACAAUUGCCGCUAGUGACGAAGAUGCCGAAGAGAUGCUGAAGAGAACGGAGAGCAUCAAAUCGCAGACGCUUUCGAAAUCGCAGCAACAGCAGCGUAAAGUCAGUGCGGUAUCCGACCGAAGCGAUACGAGCGAGCGCGCUGAUAUUAGUGGAGGAGAGGAGUCGCCCGGUGUUUUGAGUGACGAUCAGCCGCCCGACAGUCCAGCUGAGCAUCAACAAGGCGCGACUGGACAUGUUGGAACGUCAGGAGUCGGCGUUGCGGGUUCCCACGGCGGUCCCGGUCACCCGGGAGCCUUAGCUUGUGGAGCCGGUUCCUCUCUGGCGUCCCAGCUAACGCCCGGCGACAACACACUCUCACAGCAAAUGCCUUGGAUUUCAUCAAUUAUUGCGGUCACAAAGACCUUAAACUUCUCUUGCGCCCAUCAGGGGUUCUGCCACCCGCGCUGUUACAGACGCCAACUGAGAGCUUGCAGUAGACUUACGAAAAGCAUUAGGAAAAUAUACGGCGAUGACUUCGGGCUCACAGAGUGCUCGACGGAAGACCCUUGCACAGCAGCCAUGGGGACUGAAAAUGAAGUCGACGCCGACAAGGAACAAAAGAGCAAAGAGAAGAAAUUCAAGAAAAUUAUCACUGGGCCCAGUUCCCCGUUGCGAAGGAAGACCAGCAUGGGUCACCUGUACGAUAAAGGGGCUGGCCCGGGCUCGGGCUCGGGAUCAGGCACGGCCAAGGGCGUCGAUGGCCAGGACAGGGCACUGGAUACUCCACAUCUGAGUGGAGCCCGGUCCCUUCACGGUUCCGCUACCUGUCUCGUGCAUGAUCUCGAAAUGGGCGCGGAACCAUCGUCGAAAUUGACGUCCCAGAUGGAACGAAAGAAGAAGAUCAAAGAGGAGAAUCCCCUCUUGAAAUACGUACGGAAUCAAGUUGUCAACGUGUUCCUCUCCCCGAUGUCCAUACUCGUGAAGGGAGCUGUGAUACUGAAGGAAGAGAACUUUCAAGAUAUACUUCCCGUUGUUUGGGAACUCAUCCUCGAACCAGACCAACAAUUGAGCUCAGUGGCAUCAGUGGUGUUCAUCCUUUGCGCCGUGAAGUCCUCUGAGCGUGCCAGUGACCUGAUCGAGAAGGAACUAAAGUCCGAGGACGCCAAUCAGCGAAUCCAAGCCUUGCUCCGGAUCCAAAACCUAUGGCGACAUCGAUAUCAAUGCUGGCCUCGGAUGGAGGAUAGCGCACACGUUUUGUUCAAGGUGCCUCCACCGAACAUCGAAUUCACGCUGCCGAGUCCUCGGAUCGCGAUGGAUUCCGCCCCGGUGGCGGAUCCACCGUGGAUGCCGCAGAUCAAAACGAAAGUAGAAGAAGUCACCAUCAACCAAGAGCAACGAUCAUUUGUGACGGCAACUCAGACCCGUCGGAAGCAACAAAUGGAAUCUAUACAGCGAGCGCUUCAAGCCGAAGACGAGAAACGGACCACAGAACGCGAAAACUUUUUCAUGACUUCGAUUAGUCCCACAAUGCAAGCAGCGUACGAACCGGCGUUAUUCCAGCACCCACCGGAUGCGGAACACGAAAGCGCCGAAGCCGCUUCCGACCUGGACGACCCGCAGCAGCGGGCCGACCGUUCGCACGCGUCACACCCUAUUCAGGUUGCCCAUUCACUAUACCCAUCUUGCAUGUGUUCCUCUGCCAUCACGAUCAUCAACAUGCUACAAGACGUUCAGACCAACCACGAAGGAGUGGCCGUCUACGAGGUGGCCUACAAGGUCAUCUGGCAAUGCCUCGUCGAGGAUACGGCCCUCUUUCUCCGGUACCUCCUGGAAAGAUUAACCCGAGAAAAGCCUGACACCAUCAUUCAGAUCCUACGCAGACUGAUUCGCUUCAUGCCCCGCCUGCCGACUCAGGCGGCGCAUGUCAUGUACAACUACAUCGUGGGCUUCAUCAUGUUUUACAUUCGUUCACCGUGCGAAGGCUACACUGAGCUGAUCGCGGCAGCGCUCUCCGCUCUGUGGCUUGUCGUACCGUCAGUUUACGGCCUCUAUCUAAAGGACCUCAAACAGGUCCUCCGCAAGGAGCAAUGCGACUCCACGCUCCUGAUAACGGCAAAUGUGCCGAGUGCCAAGAAAAUCAUCGUGCACGGCCAAGAUGACCCAGGGGGUAUUCCGUCUCAGUUUCCUAUUCACGAAGAUACGUUGUUUCAACAUAUUCUUCAAGACAGUUUAGAUUUCUUUGGCAUCGAGGAGAACCAACAAAACUGCUAUUUCCUAGUCGAUACCAAGACAAAUACGAUGCAUAUAAGUAGCGCGUAUGUUCGGGACCACUAUUUUUUCAAACGCAGUCAGUACCCCCAACUGAAUCUGGUCAAGAUGGAGCCCGACGCCGCGCACGCAGCGCUUCAGAUGCAGUACUUUCAACUGCACUUUAUAGAGGCUAGCAAGGUCUUAAUGAGUCUGGCCGUACUACGUAGCAAUCAUCAGUUAGCACCUCGCGUUCUCUUCCUUCACGAUGAACUCACGAAACUGCCUUCGUUCCCAAGAAAAGCGUUGGAAGCUGAUUUUAGCUUAUAUACGGGCAAAUAUGGAAAACAGGUACUCGCCAUGGACACCAUGCAUAAACUCUGCUGGGUCCGCCUAAUGGCACGCAUGUUCGAGGCGAUGUCUGGCUUCUUCGCGCAUUCCUCGGAUCUUCACUUAUUUCUCAACGUUGUGAAUGGUGCCCUGGUUCUGCACUGCGAAGACGCUGCCAUCCUGCGCCUCUGCUGCGCCACUUACGUCAACGCCGCACACCAAUUCAAGAAUAUCUUCGCCACCAACGGAUAUCUUCUCAUUAUGCCGACAAUGCUACAGAUUUAUUCGAACCACCAGACCAACGGCCUCCUCUGCCGCACCAUAGAAUUUAUCUGCAAACAAUUCUACAUCAUGCACCGAAAGCCAUUCAUUCUACAGAUGUUUGGUAGCGUCGCCCCGCUGCUAGACACCGACACAGCGAGUCAAUAUGGAGACGCAUCAAAAGUUCAACCGAAAGCGUUCUUUCAACUAUUGCAGUCUCUCUCCCAGUACAUCGUUGACCCCCUGGACAUUCUGGAGCUUGUGGAUGCGGAGAAACCUCUCCGCGCCCUCGAUUUCUGUUAUCAGAUGGAUCCUGAUUCGUUAUCAAUCCUGGACGCAAUAUCGCUGAGCGUGACCGUGUGCGCCUAUUCUGCGGAUUCGCAUCGGUCUCACCAAAUGCUCACGAUUCUCGAAGCGAUCGUCCCGUACUACCUGGAACACUUGCAGUCGCUAACGAAAAAAGAAACCGGUGGUUCCCGCUCCGAAUUGCAAAUGAUUCACAGCAUCUCGCUGUGCAUGAGAACUCUCAUCAUGAACGCAGAACCCUUGACUAGACCCUACUCGGGUCCUCAACGAACCAUCGACUUGAGAGGGUCGAGCAUGAAGAACGCAACCCGAGGAGCAUGCUCGCCGCAAUUCGAGAUCGAAGAAGAUCUCCCAUCGCGAUUUAUGAACGAAGCCUUAAAUUAUCGAAAACAGGGCGGUUAUUUCGAGAGAGACUACGAGGACAGCGACAUCCUCCGGAUGGAGUUCAGGAAACCUAGAGACACGCUACUGAACGUAGUGGCCGAAUUCUUAACGAAAUGUUCUGCGAGACUUGCCGAUCUUUCGAAGAAAAUUCCAGACCUUCCGAGCAAAGCCACGGAGCUUCUCGACGUGAAAUGUCAUCUCAGAUUAGCCGAAAUCGCCCACAGCCUGCUGAAAAUGUCCCCUUACGACCCGGAUACGAUGGCGGGCCGGGGCUUACGGCGAUAUCUCAAUGAGGUACUGCCGGUUUCCGAGUGGGCGCAAGAAACCAUGAGGCCCGCGUUAAUUAUGGUCAUAAGACGACUCGACAGAACAUUUACGAAAAUAGCUAAGAAACCCGCUAUACGACGACUCGUCGAUUGGGACGCAGCCAAAAAUCUGCUUCGUGGCGUCUACCUAACAUUGUACAAGCACCCGUAUGUUGCACAUCUACCGCACCUAAAGUCGCUGGUCUCCAUCUGUCAGCUGAUCAUUGUCGGCGAGUCAUCGACGACUUCGGGCGAAUCGCAAUCCAAUGUCGGUUCGUCGGCAGCGGCAUUGGCGCAAUCGCCGCCGCCGGGCUUCUGCUCGGUGGCUGUCAGAUUGAUCGCCAUGCAAAUGCAAGCACUCGGUGAAACUCUGUCUCUAGAAUCACUUUGCGGCGGCCAAGCUCUACUGCAAUCUAGAGAGAAGACGGAAAUCUACUUGAUGAACUUCAUUCUCCCGCUGUGUCUGCGGGUGUCGUCAGGCGUCAAGGACGUACCCAAGGUCCGCCAGAGCGACAUCGCCUUCUCGUUAACUGUGGUGCUCAACGCGCUCAACCCCGCUCAGAAUAAACCCCAGCCGACGCAGGGGAACGCUACUGGCGGCCAGGGAGGCCAGGCGAGUGCCAAGGCGAGCUCAAUCGCAGAGGAUUCAACCUCAAACGCUAAGACUCCUUCACAUAUGCGAAGUUCGCUUUACCGCAUCGGAUUCCUUGGACUCAAGAUCCUCAUAGUUUGUUACGAAAGACAAUUAUCCGCUGACUGGCACCGAAUCGCGAGAUGUAUAAGAGAAUUGGGCAGUCGUCUGUACGGAGGGUUGGCGCUAUGGAACUUUUUGGAUUUUUUGGUAAGCCACCGCACGCCGCUGUUCGUACUCCUGUUUCCAUUGAUCCGCUACAGGAUCCUACAGAUAAUCUGCGACAACGAACAGGAAUAUUUCUAUCAGCAAUCAAUCAGAGAAAAGCUCAAAGGCGGAAUUGCACUGCCGGGAGCGCCGCCGAAAAGUCAGGGAUGUUUAUUUGUCGAACUCGUCAACGAGCUGAAGCUGCUCAAGGAGGACCUCGUCGCAUGGCGUCUCGGAACCAAGAGCGGAGAGCCUGCGUCGGGGGAGACGACCGGCGUGGUCAGCCAGUCGGUCAGUUUUAGCUCCAAAACCCCCGCGGCCGCGAGCGGGCCCCACGCAUCCACAUCGGGUCAAAUGGCAGCGACUCGGUCGUCAACAUCUUCGGCGCAACAUGCAAGUUUCACCGAACUGGGGCCCGACCAACAAAGCGUCACAAGACUCGGAUCCCCACCAGGGCUGGGCACCCCCAGCAGACUGCAAACGCUGCAGUCGCCGUCCCAUACGGGAAGCCUAUCGACCCCACCCGCAUCCGCACUGCCUUCGCGAGGCAGUUCCCUCAAGCUACCGAGUCAGAGCCUACCCGCGCGUACUCUGUCGAUUCGUCUGCCGGGAAGCAGCGAUGUCGGAGGAAUGGGAAGACUCAUGUCCCGCUUCAUGCAUCGCAGGACCUCUUAUCCGUCAGCUGAAGAAGAGGGGGCAACGCCUAGCGGGGGACGCCAAGUCUACAGACCGCUAGACGCUUUGGAAGGCGAGCCGGGAGGAAGCGGCAGCGGCCAACAACAGGUCGCCGGAGCCAGCUCUGAACCACGACUGUUCCGCAAGUCAACACUCCUCAUCAAGAAGAGGGGAGAGAGCAAGAAGGCAAGUGCACCGAACAGCUCCCAUCAACUUCAAACCGCAGCCAGCUCCGCCCCGGGCUCACAGUCAUCCGUCGCAACCGGCCUAGACCAGGAGACGGAUGCGGCAUCAUCGGGAGGCGAAACGACUUUGUUUUCGCCAACCGCCAGCCGACCGGCGAGUCCCAGCCAGCAUUCGUCUCCGACGGGCGACGGAAGUGACCCGUCGGCAAGCUACGCGUCCACCAGUACGUCGCAGCAGUUAAAUGUGAAAUCCACAGGUGGCAGACAUCGGCUGCAGCGUCAGAAGGCGCAAAGUCGGAAAACAUUCAAAUUUGGUAAGUCUCGGAGAGGUUGGGGCCAUCAUGACAAAGACGGAGGGGAAGAAGCGGGCGAAGAUAUCGCCAGCCAACAGGCCCAAGCUCAGGACAGCCCACCGAGUUCUGUUCCUGCAGUGAUAACCUCUACACCGAGCGGUCCCUCUAGCCAAAUUGAGGCGUCUUCUGGUGCUGACGCCACCGGCGAUUCACAAAUAUCGAGCCAGCAGAAGGAACAUCAUCAAUCCCAACAACAGCAGCAACAUCAUCAUCAGGUGCGUUUCCAGAAGAAGCCUCUUGGAGCGCGUCGCCAGUCCUCGCCGCAGAUCGGGCCCAAGCCCAAGCCGCUGAGAAGCAGUCUUAAGAAGUGCGAUUCUCAGCCCCAAAGCAACAGCGGAGGAGAGUCCGACAACGACCAAAUAGAUCAGCCGAAAAUAAGUACUUUCAAGGACUCUCCUCCGACCCCCAAAGACUAG